UCGUUUUGACUUUGGAGAAAAACCAAACUCGUACAGUGCCAGAUCCAGUGGAGCAAGGGGUGAGAACACGGUUUGGAACCCCAUCAUGGCCGUCACUCAGUUCCGGUUAUUUAAAGUGUGUACCUGCCUCGCGACAGUAUUCUCGUUUCUAAAGAGGUUGAUAUGCAGAUCUGGCAGAGGAAGGAAAUUAAGUGGAGAUCAAAUUACAUUGCCAACUACCGUUGAUUAUUCAUCAGUUCCUAAGCAGACAGAUGUGGAAGAGUGGACGUCCUGGGAUGAAGAUGCUCCCACAAGCGUGAAGGUGGAAGGAGGGAACGGAAAUGCGGCCACACAGCAGAGCGCUGUGGAGCAGCUGGAGCCUGACUACUUUAAGGACAUGACACCUACUAUAAGGAAAACUCAGAAAAUUGUUGUUAAGAAGAGAGAGCCCUUAAAUUUUGGCAUCCCAGACGGCAGCACAGGUUUCUCCAGCAGAUUAGCAGCUACACAAGAUAUGCCUUUUAUUCAUCAAUCCUCUGAGUUAGGCGACUUGGAUACCUGGCAAGAAAAUACCAAUGCGUGGGAAGAAGAGGAAGAUGCAGCCUGGCAAGCAGAAGAAGUUCUGAGGCAACAGAAAAUAGCAGACAGAGAAAAGAGAGCAGCAGAACAACAAAGGAAGAAAAUGGAGAAGGAAGCACAGAGGCUAAUGAAGAAGGAACAAAACAAAAUCGGUGUGAAACUUUCAUAACCAAUGUGCUUCACAUGUCACAGUGCCAGCAGGAGAAAUCCGGGCUCCGCAAUCCACGCGACAUUGACAUGGAUUUAAGAGUAUUUUCGGGCCACAAACACACUGCUUGAUUCUAAUGCAUUCAUCAGGCCAUCCAGGACACAGGAUUCUCCCAAAGUACCUUGAACUCUUAGUGAUUGAGACUCAAAGGAACAAAAAAGACUUACGAGGCAUUAUUUUCCUCAGCGGGCUCCAAACAUAAGACGAUUGUUUGCUGUCAAGAAAUUAUUACAAAUGGAAUAUACUGGUACUUCUCAAGCUAUUGUUUCUAGCUGAAUAAAUAUGUAUAAUUUUAUGGUGGAAAAGAACUCUCUAUCAUGCUUUCCUUCAAUGUUCAUAAUUAUAAAAUAAAUAAUUUUAAUAUCC